UGUAAACAGGCACUGGCCGUUGCAAGAACCCUGAUAAAAGUUUGUAAUUACAGGCAGCUGGUAUAUUAAUAUGAGUUUCAAAAGACAGGUUGUUCCUCCUAUAGGUUCACCUAAACAUACUUCUGCGCAUUCAACACCAGAUGAACGCGAUGUAGGGGUUGCAAAAAGAAAAAUAGACGGUGCCUCGAGACAAAGAACCAAUAUAAAACGGGCCAGUAGUGGCAGUAAACCCAACCCAAGGGUGGCACCAAAAAAGACUGGAAGUGGGGAUGGGAAACCAGCAAGUCUAGGAAGUAAACCAGGAAGUGGGCGUGGCACCAGACCCCCAGAUACACACACAGAGGAAGAGUCCCCAGGGGAACAGGACAUCAAGUUCUUUAACAUUCCCAGCAAAUGGGAGAAGGCAGAGAUAUCUGACACCCCCAAAGAGACCCAAAGAAAAUUAAGAGACAUCAGUCCAGAGGAAAUACUUGCCCAGAGCCAAGAGAAUGACCCUGGUCAUGUAUAUGAAAUACUGCUUCAUGCUGCCAGGAUUGGAAAAAUACAAGGACUGGAAACAUUCACAAAAGUGAGGGUACUAGAUCUCUCUUGUAACUUUAUACAAGAUAUAGAAAACUUAGAUAAAAACCAGGACUUGAGGGAAUUAAAACUCUAUGACAACUAUAUCACUGAAAUUAAAAAUUUGGAAAGCUUGAAGGAACUUAGUCAUCUGCAGCUGCAGCAUAAUAAACUGAAAAGUAUAGGUAAAGGAUUAAGUUGUCAGAAAAAGUUGAAGAUCCUUCGUCUUGACAGUAACAAGCUAAGUAAGCUAGACAGCAGAGAGCUGGCCCCCCUCUCCCAGCUGACCAGUUUGGACAUUAGUGGCAAUGGCUUGGACAGUCUGGCGGCCUUAAAUUGUUUGCCAAACUUAGAGGAAUUAUUUGCAACCAACAAUAAGCUGAGAACAGUGACAGAUCUGGGAAGGUGUAAAAAGCUUCAAGAAAUUGAUCUUUCUUCCAAUCAGCUGACAGAUGUCUCUGGCUUGAGAGGACUCGCACAGCUAAAUACACUCCACUUAACCAAGAACCAGUUUGCCACCCUGAAAUCUCUGGGAAAGUCAAAGUCACUCCAUGAAUUGGUUGUAUCCAACAACAGGCUCACAGAGUUGCAGUCUCUGGUAGAACAGUUUCCAGGUCUGGAACACCUCAAUGUCUGUGAUAACCAUAUAGAGCAAUGGGAACAAGUGGUCUCUCUGCAGAAACUUCAGAAUAUAAUGGAGGUGUUUUUGCAACGGAAUCCAUUCUGCUCCCCUCGUGGCCCCAAGCCCCACUAUAGUGCAGAGUUACAGAGGCUCAUGCCUGCCCUGGAGAUUAUUGAUGGGGCACACGUGAAGCGUUCUACAUCCACAACUGCUCCUGUCAUGAGACCCAUGUCAGCAGCCAGUGUAAUCAGCACAAGACAAGUUGAUGCCCAAAUGUCCUCCUUGUUAAAUGAAAUGUCCACUUUUGAAAACAAUGUCAUGCAGUCGUUCAAAUCGCUGCGGGCCACAUUUGAUACCCUUCCUGUGGAGCCUCCAAAAACCAGCCGUCUUGCCACAGUGCGGAGUUUGCCGUCCACUGCAGGAAGUGACCGUCCAGCCAGCAAGUCAAGCAGGCGUUCCAGAAUUACAGAAGCUAGGAACUUUGCAGCCCAACAUUUCUAACUUCUUUACGAAAAGAUUGCUUUUUUUCUAGUUACUGUUGCAAUUGCCUUUUUUUUUUUAUAACAUUCAGAUAAUUUCUGGAAAACUUGCAAUAUGUAAAAACAACAAAUAGUGUUGUAGACAUGUUGAAAAAAAAUAUUGUUCUUGAAUUGGCCAGUGUGCAUUCAGCAGAAGUAUACUUUAAAGA